CACUAACGAGUGAAUUAUCCUUCGUGGGAUUAGUAGCAUUUUAGGAUAAAUUGGUAGAAAUGGUACGAAUCAUUCUCACUCAUUUAAAUAAUAUUAAAAAUGCACAAAUUUUAGAUGGUAAUAAACGAUUAAAAUAGUUUCUUAAUAAUCAUUUUUACUUCAUUCUUAAUUCCGAUUAAUUACUUGUUUUCCGCAAUACAUAUAUGUAAAGAAAGUUUGAAUGGCGUAAACAAUGUGUUUGACGUUUUCAAAUGUAAGCAUAACCUGAAUGUAAUCUGCAAUUGCCAAAUACGUGAGAAGUAUACUGAAAUAAAAUUAGUUUGUUUUGUACAAAUUAAAAAAAUGUAUAAGAAGAACUGGCAGAAUUUGCGAAAAAUUGAUGAUGCUUAUGAGCUCGAAACGGAAACUGUUCAUAGAACCCAGUGUUCUGGCAGAAUAAACUUUGUGCACAUGGCAUUCGAUUGCCAUGUAGAGUAUCUUGUUGCAAUAGAUACAGCAGGAUACUUAUAUUAUAUCGACCUAAGUAAUACACCUUCUUAUCAAAAAUUAGGUAACAUUGGACAAGCAACAUUAGUGGCAUUUAAUCCUAUAAAUAAAUUUGAGAUAUUAAUCGGCCUUACUACAGCUGACAUAAAAAUUGUGAGAGUGAAUACAAACGUUACACAAUUUUGUUUAUUGAUUGCUCACAAAUUACCACCUACGCAUAUUUCUUUUUACAAACAAUAUUGUUUAACUUGUUCUCGUAAAGAAGUUAUAAUAUGGUGCUUGCGUUCUUGUAGCAAGGCUCAACAAUUAAGAGUUAAUACAAAGAAUGUUAUAAUAAAGAAAGCAAGCUUCUCAAACUUAGGGCACAUUGUUGUAUUGUACUACAAUGAUACCCUACAAGCAUGGAAUUUUAAAGAAUUGGAAAAUGAUGUUAAAAUAAAUGCAAAAACAUUUGGUAUUAAAAACAUUAAGAAUUUCAUUUUCACACAAAAUGGGAGAGCAAUGGUCAUGAUUGGUGCUCGAAAUAAGAUUAUUAUUCUGAACACAUGUGAAUGGAAUUUACUCAAGACUUUACUUUUGCCUUAUAGUAUUAUUGGAGUGAAGCAAAUGUCACUUGUGCCAUCACCUUUGGAUGGCGGAGCAAACAAUGUACUGGCAUGCAUUUCAACGAAUUGCACACUUUAUUUUUUUGAUCUGACGCGAUCUUGUUUAGUUCAUACUCUGCAGUCUAACAAGCCUAUAAAAAAGAUUGUAGUUUCUGCAGAUGGCAGAUAUAUAGCAGUAAUAGAACUAGAAGGAUGCUUAAAAUUGAUCAUGACUGGGAAAUUAGUCUCAGAAAAAUGUAAGCCCAUGAAAAAGUUAAAGGAACCAUGCAGACCAAUUGCGCAUGGUAUACCAGAUCACUUGCAAUGUGUCAGGCAACUUAUGAAACAAGAAUUGCGUUUAGAAAGAUUGAUACCAAUUUUGAAAGAAUUCGGGGAGUACCCAGAAAAGUAUCGACUUCUAAUAUGGUCCACUAUUUUAGAAUUACCAGGCAACAGAAGCGCAUAUUGUACCUUAGCUAACGAAGCUGCAAAUGUACAUUAUUCGCCGAAAUUUUUAAAAAAUUAUUCAUUAGCAAACAGAAGCAAACAGAUACUGUUGACGACAACAAUGAAUUGUUUGAUACAAUGGUGCCCUUUACUAUCUCAGUGCUCAUUCUUACCAAAGCUUGUUUUUCCAUUUCUUAUGGUCUCCCAGAAAGAUCCCCUCCUUGGAUUUGAAUUUAUUAUCAGCAUAUUAUUAAAUUAUUGUCAAAAAUGGUUUGAAUAUCAUCCUCUACCACCUUUAAAUGUGUUAGGCAUAAUAGAAAAUAUCCUUCUACAAGCUGAUCCUUCUUUGUUGAAUAUAUUUUGCGAAAGAGGCGUAACGUCCAGCGAAUACGCGUGGCCACUUUUAAUGACUGCGAUGAGCGAGGUUUUCUCUCGUUCUGAGUGGUUGAUUCUAUGGGAUCAUUUGAUAUCUUAUAAAAAGCCAUCGCUUUUUUUGAUGAGUGUGGUCGCGUACAGCAUUUGUUCACGGGAAAUCAUAAUUUCUUCAUUACACACUCCAGAACAUUUUAAGCGGUACUAUACCACACAAGGCCAUAUUAAUGCAAAAGAGAUGCUCAAACUUGUUCAUAGACUUGAUAAACAUAUACCCUUGAGAACACAUCCUAGUCGUUAUCUCAGGAAUGAAUUAAUUACAUUACCCUCCAAUGGACCAUAUUUGCCACUCAUGUUACAUGAAUUUCCAAAAUUCUUGACUGAUGAAGUGUCUGUAUUGGAGUUGGAAAAAAUAAAACAACAAGAACAAAUUGCACGGGAACAUAAUCGUAAAGCUAUAGAAAUUUCCGAACAGAAGAGAUUGAAGCAAGAAGCAGAAGCAUUUAUGGAACAGAUUAAUCAAGCAAGACUUACCGAAGUAGAAAGGUGCAUCAAAGAAAAACUUUCCGAUAUCGAUUGGAUAUCCGGGAGUACAGCAUACAUAAGCAAACCAGAAAUGCAGUAUAAUAAUAUUCCAAAACUAGAUAUAGCAACAGUUUCGAGUGACGAGGAUAUUUUAGAUUCUAGAAACAACAAAUCGAAACGUUACGAACAAUUGCAACAAGACGUGGACAAAUUGGAGUACGAAGUAUAUAGCCUUUUAAACUCUUUAAGAUCACAAAAAUCAAGAAUGGGAAAUACUUGAUGUCUUUUCUGAAUUCUAUUACAAUAUGAAAAGCAUCAUCAGAGCAUAGUAUCUGAAAUGGAAUGAAGUAUAAAAAUAUAUGAUAUUGAUCGUAUAAAUGAUUGUAUAGAUUUAUUGAACAAUCUUUUAUAAUAUUUAUAAUUUGUAAAUACUAUUAAAGAAUCUCUGUACAAGGGAUUAAAAUUGUCUCACGUUUUUAUAUAAAUGUACAAAAGUAUCGAAUUUUGUAUUUAUAAUAAUCUUAACUUAGCUAUAAGAAUAGCAUGACUUGCUGUAAGAUGUACAUUGCAGCAUUUUUUAAUUUUAGAUUGUGUGUGUUUCUCACAUUACCUCAAGAAGGUUAUUCAUAUUGAAUAAACGAAUGAACAGGUA